AAGGCAGUGAUGAUAUGAACAACAGCAAUCCCAAUCUCUCAAAAAGCCCAUGGAAUUCAACAACAACAAGCCAUCGCCUUCAGAGGCACAUCCAGACACCAUGGAUUUUCUGUCACGGGAAUGGUGCAAUUUCGCCGUCCAAUCCCUUCAACCUAAUCAUCAUCACCAUCAUCACCAUCAUCAUGAUCAUCAUCUCUAUCAUCAUUCCAUUGUCCCUCUCCAGAACUCAAUCCCCAAAUGUCAGAACGGCUCCAGCCCUGUUACUUGCGCCAAUACGGAGAAGAGCAUGAAGAUUGAUGAUUCCGGUUUCAAGCCCUCCAUCCCUCCCUGGAAAACCAACGAUGUAAAGUCAUGGAUAUGGAUGCAACAAGCAAUGCAUCCGGAGUUGAAUUACAACGGCUACUUCCGCAGAAAGUUUAAACUUCCAUGGUCGAUAAAGAAAUGGUGGAAGGAGAUAAAGGAGAAGAGAAAGGAAGAGAAGAGGCUGCAGAGGGCAGAAGUACAGGCAGCGGUUUCGGUGGCAGGACUGGCAGCCGCUUUGGCAGCGGUGGCUGCAGAGAAUGCGAAGAACGGUUCAACCGCUGAGUCGAAGGAGGCGGUGGUUGCGUCAGCGGCUGCAGUCGUGGCCUCUCAGUGCGCUCAGGUGGCUGAGUCAAUGGGAGCCAACAGGAACCAUCUCUCCUCCUCCAUCUCUUCCGCCAUGGCCGGAACUUCUCUCACUGACUUACUCACCCUUACUGCCUCCGCCACCACAUCAUUGAGAGGGGCGGAGACUCUGAAAGCAAGAACAGGGUGUAAGAUGAACGGGACAGCUCCUGUCUUGCCAAUUGAAGACUCUUCUGAUUUCCCUUCUGAGUUCAACCACAAUAACACUUCCCUUCUUGCCAAGGGCACCCAUCUUUUCGUUGAAACUCCCGACGGGGAUUUCAAGGUUAGGACAGUGUCUGUUGUCUUAAACAGUGAAGGGAAAGUCAUCCUUGUACUGAAGAAGCCAAACCUUCUGAAAAGCAAGAAAGAGAGUGUUGUGACAAACGUCCACGUGGAAUUAUACAAAGAUUCAGAGGGCGAGAAUAACGCGGAAGGCAGUACUUGCUACCUCAUAGUGCUGAGGACUAACAGGGGGGUGACGAAGCUAGACAUGGGCGACGACUACGAUCGUUACAAGACAUGGGUCACCGCCAUCAACCACAUGCUCGCCCUCUCUACUCCCGCCGCCCUUACCAAUUAUACGAUCUCCAUCUGAGCGGCAUGAACUGAGUCACGAAUCACGAUCGAUCGAAACUGUCCUUCAUUUGUGAUUCCGUGCCCUUCAUGUAAUUUAAGUGUGACGUGUCAUUUGAUGUCUAGUAUUUGCUCAUCGUGAGAAUUUUCCGCAAAACAUUUGUCCGAAAAACAGUCAUACAUCGCUUUUUAUUA